AUGAAAUCCACCACCGUCAUCCUCCUCCUCCUCACCAGCCUCACCACCGUCCUCGCCCUCCCCGACCCCAACCCACAACCCGUCCCCGAUCUGGCCGGCACCGUCUUCGAGGAGACCGCCCAAGCGUGCGUGAGGGAGAACGGACGAUGUGGCAGGAGACGCGGCAAGUGCUGUGCCGGACUGCGAUGUCGAUGGAAGCCGGUUGGCGGCCCGAAUAGGAUCUGUUUGAAGCGCUGA